CUAGUGCCUAACCCGGACCAGACUAACUCUGAUAGCGAUAGGUUUGGAGACGCCUGUGACAAUUGUCCAUACCUGCUUAACCCUGGCCAGGUGGACUAUGAUGGUGAUAGGAUUGGGGAUGUGUGUGACCCACAUGUUUCACCUGACAAUGACCAUGACACUGUUUUAAACAACAGAGACAACUGCCCUCAUGUCAGCAAUCCAGAUCAAGCAGAUACAGAUGGCAAUGGUGUGGGUGAUGCUUGUGAAGGCUCUGCAGUUCUAGGAUUAGAGAGUGCGUUUGUAAUGGUCAAUGAAGAUGCUGAAGAAGUUCAAUUCUGCCUUGUCAUCGAGCACCCAAUGAGUGAUUGUCCUCUCAGUUUCUCAUUUGUGGUGUACAUCUCUACUAUUAAUGGGACUGCAGAGUCUCCAGGAGACUUUAGUGUCAUCAGACAUCAAGCAGAGCUCUUUCCAAACUGUUCGAAAUCUCUCUGUGUGAAUGUAUCCGUCCAUGAUGACUCUGUUCUGGAACUCAAUGAGACAUUUGAUGUGUUAGUGGAACUAGGGACAACUGCUGCCAGAACUAAUGUAUCUCUGAAUGAAACAAGACUUCAGAUUACAAUUGUGGACGAAGAAACAGCUCCUGUGUUGGUGCAACUGGAAGAGACAGGAUACACUGCAUCAGAGAGCCACCGCAUCGCCAAUAUCUGUGCAAUCAUAGCCAACAAUUACUCAGACUGUGCAGUGGGAUUCGAUUUUGAAGUGAUUCUUAAAGUUAUAGCCACCACUGAC